AUGGCGUUCCCGGCGCUCUGCGACAAGGGCCUCCUCCCGCCGACAUCGAAAGAUCAGUCCCAGUUGGACAUGCCAUUAGAUGAUCUUACACCACUACGACUAAGAGACAUAGUGUUCUCGUCCACUGCUACACAUGCUAAUAUGAGAAAAUGCCUAAAAUGUUUAGUGGAUGAAGCAAGGAGUUCUUCUGAUGAAAAGGAACUGUUGGAGAUAGCAUGGGGCUUGGCCAACAGUCAAAUGCCAUUUCUGUGGGUUAUUCGUCAUAACUUGGUCAAAUCCUCUAAUCAUGUGAACCUUCCUGAUGACUUUAAGGAGGUGACACAUGGAAGGGGAAUGGUGGUGCCAUGGGUUCCACAACAAGAAGUUUUACGACACCAUGCAAUUGGUGGCUUUUGGACUCAUAAUGGAUGGAACUCAACUCUGGAGAGCAUUUGUGAAGGUGUCCCAAUGAUAUGUAGACCCCAAUUUGCUGAUCAGAUGAUAAACAUGAGGUACGUCCAAGACGUGUGGAAGAUAGGGUUUGAGUUAGAGGGUGACUUAGAGAGGGGGGAUAUAGAGAGGGCUGUUACAAAGUUACUUUGUAUGGAAGAAGGAAGACUUAUGAGACAAAGGGCCAAAGAUUUAAGGAACAAAGCCAUUAAGUGCAUCAAGGAAGAAGGCACCUCUAAGUCCGCAAUUGAGCUAUUGGUAAAUCGCAUAAUGUCAUUUUAG